UUCAUAUAGAAAACAUCAAGGAGCUCCGUAUAGGAUCGCAUGCUCACUCCGAGAUUGCAUCCCUACUGCCAAACCAGAGCAUCGAAUCCGUGGAGGACAGAUGGUUGACCAUCAUCUACACAAUCGAGGACGAGUACAAGACCCUGAAUGUCAUCGCUCCAACCGCCGAGAUUCUAGCUCAGUGGUUCACUACGUUGACAGCGUUGCGACAGCUACGCUUGGACUUUAUGACGGGCACGAUUCGUCGGUCCAGUUCUGCGCGAGCAUUGUGGGAUCGUCAUCACUUUGCCGGUGCAGAUAGCAGUAAAGACAACAAGCUCUCGCUCAAAGAGGUCAAAUCGUUGUGUCAGCGCCUCAACUUUGGUGGCAAAGAGGAAGAAAUUGGGAGGCGAUUCAUGGAAGCGGACAAGGGCAACAAAGGACACCUCACCUAUGACGAAUUUCAAGAUUUCGUUGCAAGGUUAAAGGAACGUCCUGAUGUCGCAAAGGUCUUCGAUUCUAUCAAGGGUGCUGGAAAUUUCGAUUUCAAGACUUUCCAGGGCUUCAUGAAAGACACGCAGAAGGCAAGCAUAUUUGGGUUUAUUCUCUCGAUUCCCUUUACUGAUCCACUCAAUUGCCCGAAUGACCCACCCCCUCCAUCCAUUGACAAAGUCAGCCCUUGGACGCUGGACUCCUUCGCAUCAUUCCUGGAAUCCGGGUUCAAUAGCGCCUUUUCUGAAGCUAUCACCAAACCCAUUCCAAACAAAGAACACGAGCCCUCGUCAACUGGAGCGUCAAAGAUCCAUCAAGACAUGACCCAGCCCUUAUCCUCUUACUACAUCUGUUCCUCCCACAAUACCUACAUCGUUGGAAAUCAGCUCAUUGGUAACUCGAGUGUCGAGGGCUACAUCAGGGCUUUACUGGGUGGUUGUCGCAGCGUCGAAAUGGACAUCUAUGAUGGUCCAGAUGCGGACGACUUCACCGGAGCUGCUAUUACAGCCACCAAUGCGAUUUCUUCUGGGGUGGGUGAAGUAGCCGAAGACAUAGAAGAAGCGGUAACUGCAGUCGGUGAUGCCAUUGGAAAUAUAGGCAGCAAGGCAGACUCCACUACUGCUGCAGGUAGCACCUCCAAGUCGAAAGCUACGCCUACGGACGAAAUCAUUCCAGGAGAACCGAUCGUGACUCAUGGUGGAACUCUUACGAGCUCACUCUCCGUUCGCCGAAUCUGUGAAGCUAUCGACCGAUACGCGUUUGUUACCAGCCCUUAUCCGGUCAUCAUUAGUGGUGAAUUACACUGUGGUAUGUGCUCUUUAUCGGUAAAAUUUCUGUUCUCUAAAGGUUUUACAGGAGUAGAGCAGCAAAAGGUCCUGGUGCGAGUCAUGCGGGAGGUCUUUGGGGAUAAACUUGUGGUGGCCCCUGUGAACACCGGUGAUGGUGAUCACAAAGACAAUCUUCCAAGCCCAGAAGCUCUAAAGGGUAGAAUUCUACUCAAGGCAAAGAAUAAAACUCUUGAACCCGCAAAA